AUACGAGGUUCACGAAACUGGCUUCUACAUACACGCUAUGUACGUGGUGAACAUGUGAGGUGUAUGGAAUUAGCAGAAGAAUUGCAAAAACAGACAAAUAAUACUCACAGAUUCGCGUACUAUAUAAAGGGCGCAGUUUUGGCAGAUGCAGGGCGUCUUCAAGAAGCAGUGGACAAGUUCCACAGCUGUAUUCGCUUACAGCCACAGGAUCCAGAACCUUUGAAACAAGUAGCUAAGUGCUUAUACCGGCAAGGUCGUUUCCAACUGGCACUAGAAGCUUAUUUAGAAGCGGAUAAAUUAUCUAAGCAACCAGAUCCAGAAAUCUAUUGUGCUUUAGCGGAAUGUGCGAACUCCGUGGCGGGUGUCGGCGGCGCGGGCGUGGAAUGGGCGCGGGCGGCGCAGGCUGCGGGCGGCGGGGAGCGCGCGGCGGCCUUGCUCGCACGGCUGCUGCUGGGGGCCGGCGACGUACCCGGCGCACUGGCGGCCUACGACCAUGCUCUCGCGAGUCAUGCUUGCGGCGCUGAUACUCUAGCUGCGGCAGGAGCACUAAGUCUCAGGGCAGGCGAUCCUCGUCGUGCCUUUCAAUUGCUAGGCGAAGCUCUAUCUCAGCAGCCUACGCAACACGCCGCAGCACUAGCGCUAGCCGCUAUGCUGCUGCAACAUAAAGACGUAGAUGCCGCGCUAGCGAGACUUAAAGUGGCUUUAAGCGCUCAUCCGACAUGUGUUGCUGCGCAUUCAAACCUUGGCCUCGCGUUGCUUACAAAGAAAAAGUUUGUCGCUGCGCUGACGUGCCUGAGCCGCGCGGCGACGGGCGCCCCGCUGAGCGCGCGCGCCGCCCACAACUUGGGCCUGGCGCUGCUGUGGUGCCGCCGACCCGCCUCCGCCUUCUGCCGCCUCGCCUGCGCCGCUGCACUGCGACCCACUCGCCAUCACACCGUAUUGCUAAUAGGAAUUGCUCUAGAACGAUUAGGCGAUAGCAGAGCUGAUGCAGCGUAUAACAGAGCUGUAGCUCUUUCUCCUGAAGACCCGCUAGUCAGACUUAACCUGGCCGGUAGACACGCUAGAGCUGGGAGAUUGGCUGAUGCUGUAGAGGAAGCCAGAAUUGUUGCCCAAUUGCUUGAAUACACUCCCGAUGCUCAGGUAUCAAGUAAUCUGGCGACUUUACUGAGUCUUCUGCCGAAAAUAGAGCUUCAGGAGAUUGAACUUCCGGCAGCGGAAAGCGAACACAGCACCACAAUCGACGAUACCCAAGAAACUAAGGAAUUCCAGCCAGAUGAAGUUUAAAUACGUGCUUCGUGAAACUUUAGAAUUAGUUCUAAGAUA